AUGCGUUUUUCAAACAGACAUGCAACACUACCUCCAGGAAUGGAAAAUUCCAAACUUUUCGUCUGUGGACCAGAUCCUACUUGGUUGCGUCCAAGAACUCCAACUGUGAGUGGCUUGCAGAGUGGCAAAUCCAUCCAAACGCGUUACGUCCAAGCACUCCAAUAUGCAAAGGAACACAAGUCGGCAGGUUCGCGAUAUCGACGUUACGAUCUUCGGUGUCCAACGUUUUCAAGGAAGAACCAUCCCGAUUGUAGACGCUCACGCGAAAAUCAACUACACUGCAUACGCCAUCGUAUUCCCACAGAACAGCCGCACUGGUCACUUUGGGCGCCACUGUCGUCUGGAUGUUCUUCGGAGGAUUUGGAACUGCAACAGAGCAAGAAAAGAUCUUGA